GGUCUAUGUUCUCUCCCAUGCCUCCGCGGUUCGUUUCAAAAAGUUCUGAGCCUUGUCCACACGUGCUCAAUGUUCACGGCUCGACGCUGGAGGAUUUACCUGCGUCAUGUCAUACCUGAGAAGCUCCCGGCCCAUUCUUGCAACACCAGCUCAACAGUGUUAUCGUGAAGUCAAUUGACACUCAAUCGCGGCAUCGCCAGCUCUGAAUCAUGGCGACGACUAACAGUACAAGUCCUUCUCCGAAAGACUUUAUUCUCAAGCUUCCACAUCCCUACUUGACCGCAUACGGCAUCAAGGAAAAGAGUAUUUCCGGAAAACUGCAUUGUUUCCUAGAUCGAAUUCGAUCUCCCAAGUCUUCUCUCCGGACGGCACAGGAACCCCCAGAAAUACUUCACAAUGUCGAUCUCUACUUCACGCUUCCUGAAAUCCCAUCCGAACAAGACCAACCUCCAGAAUCCAACAACCUCUGGUGGGCACGCGCACAACGCUCUCCGUCCGUAACCCUCACCUGGCAAAACUCUGCACCGUCGCCCGCACAAGUAUGGCUCGUCAUAUACGCGCUCUACUCCCUUCAUACCGACAUCGAGCACUUUCGCCUCAAUCUGACUGGUGGAGGCUCAGACACAAUCAGAGAUCACCUCCUUAAUACCCUGCUCGCAACAUCACACCCGUCUCCCACCGACAGUGCCACUCCAGCUCUCGAUCUCCCUAUUCUCGUUCUCCGCAGCACCUUCUGGCAAGGGGCCUCCUCCCCCUUCGGCCCUCGCCCUCUCUGGCUCCCUGAGCCAAACGCCCCCGGAUCGCCCGUGAAACCCCUUUCUCAAUACCCCCUCCCACCACUCUCCCACCGCCUCACCACCGGCUUUCCAUCUUCGCGCGUACACGCCCACCAUCCCAUUCGUCCCGCGAAACCCGCGCCCGGUACCACCGUUUACAGCCGCUUCAUCCCCCAUCUUGGCGAGCACUUCAGCAUGGUCGCCCUCGACCACACGCUGCCCGCACACCUCGAGCUCUUCCACAAGUGGCAGAACGACCCGCGCGUCGCCCGCGGCUGGAACGAGACGGGCACGCUCGACCAGCACCGCAAGUACCUGCAAACGCUGCACGAUGACCCGCACGUGUUGACGCUGCUGGCGGCCUUUGACGACGUGCUGUUUGCCUACUUCGAGGUCUACUGGGCGCCCGAGGACCACAUUGGCGUGCAUCACGCAUUCCCGCCGUAUGCGCGCGGGCGGCACUCGCUUGUGGGCGACGUGCGGUUCCGUGGACCGCACCGUGUGUGUGCGUGGUGGGGCAGUCUGAUGCAUUAUCUGUUUCUAGACGAUCCGCGGACAGGGCAGAUUGUUGGCGAGCCCAAGGCAACGAAUAAGACGGUGCUGGAGUACGACUUUGCGCAUGGGUUUAGUCUGGUCAAGUGGAUGGAUCUGGGGCAUAAGAGGAGUGCGCUGAUGUGGUGUGAGCGUGAGAGAUUUUUCCAGUUAAGUCCAUUUGGGUGGAAUGGCAGUGUGCUGGGGCCGGAUGGGCUGAAUGCAUUGGUAACGAGUGCGAAGCUGUAGGGGAGAUGAACCGUGUUUAAAAACGAUCUUCGUGUGCAGUGUAGACUUAACAAGAAUAAGCAUAGCCAGUAUUUUUCGUGUAUCCGACUCACAAUACACUCGUACUUUUAUGGUAUGUCCCGAGUACAUUUUAUGAGGUAGAUAUAUAUGUAUAUACGAAUAUACUAAAUGUCAAGCAUCAAAAGAAGACUAGA